AUGGCUACAGAUGACAUAUCACUAAGAGUUGGGCGGCUAGAAAUAGAAUCAUCAAAAGUAAACAAAAUUAUAAAAGAUGAUAACCCAUUUGUAACUCAAUUCCAAAAAAGGAAUUCUCCAGCCAAAUCUACUCACCAAAACAAAUGCAUUUGCCACACAGUGAAAAAGCAGUAUGCAAUAGGCAAAAGAAAGCACUGCAAAAUACUCAGAGAACCAGUAUUAAAGUUGUCACAAUGUCAUCCAACACACAGAAAUGAACUCCAAAAGUCAUUUUUACAUAACAAUGUUUCCAAAUGUCCACUAUCAAGUUCCAGUGGCAAUAUAUGUUUGCAUGCACUAGUUGAUACAUGCAAUCAGCUUCAUAUUUCAACAGAAAAAUGUAAGGGUAGCAGAAAAAGUUCAGAUAUAAAUAAAAUUAAGGGUUGGCAAACUAAUCAUACUUCAUAUAAGAAACAAAGCCGAGAAACAGUAUUAGAGACUAACUCGUCUACAUCUUGUUCUCAGCAGGCACUGAAUCCUCCAUGUGAUGUAACUAUUGAUGAACUUGCAAGUUAUUUUGAAACUCUAGUUCAUAUACCUAAGAAGAUGUCAUCUAUGGCAGAAAUGAUGUAUAUUUAA